CUCAGGAGUGACAGACGCAAACCUCCUGAUCAGCUCCGUCCCACCAAGAUAUAUCAAGUGGUAGGUACCUGGUACUUGGUCGAUAUUCACAUGAGAAUUCUUAUUUUGUUUCUGCCAUCUACCCCCCCUUUGGCAUCUAUUGGUCUGAACAAGGUCAGUGACCUUCACACUCCUUAUCGUCCCCAAGGAAAGGCGAAGCAUUCUAGACCAUAAAUGGAGACAGCAAACCCCAAAGAUAGUAAAAGAGCCACAUAAUUCCAUGCUGCCUCUCGCAAGCCUCGGGUAAAGGUAAAAUGGUGCAGUGUAUAUCAAUCGGGCGCAAGAAUGUCAAUACCGGUCGUGCCUGCUUCUUGCCAGCAUUCAUCUUCACUUUUAGGCAAUCAGACUAUUUGAAGCGUGCUGCACGGAGCCUGCAUGAUGCCACAGGGGUCGUUCGGCAUAGGUGCCCACUAAAGCGGCGGGGUGUGGAGACCUGUCGCCCCUGUGCUGCUGCUCGGCCGGGGCGACCAUUGAGACUCGGAGCUGAAGCCGCGACCACCCACCACCUUCCUCAUCAGCGACCAGGACCAGAUGGGUUACCCGGAUCUGCCUCCAUGACUGGGCGAGACAUUGACAACUCACACGUGCGCGACCUGUGGCCCCGGACCUCCGCCCUGCUUAUUCAUUGCCCUGUCUGUAAGGCCUGCAGGCUGCAGCACAGGUAUAUAAACUGGAGGCUCCAUAAACAUUCUCAUGAGCGGCACACUUGCGAGGGCAAUCUUGGCUCCGGCAAGACCUCUUCUCGCUGCCCGCAGUAGCGGCUCGUUGUCCCGGCUCAGGAUUUUGUGCGGCCCUCGUGUCCCUGGCGUUGGUCCCCGGCACAGCACCAUCCGGAACUCCCGCCACGCCACCACCCCGCUUCGAAAUCGCCCCAGCCGCCCCAACCGCCCCCUCCCAUUUGUGCGUUACGCCAGCACCUCCUCCGCCGCCGCCGCCGAGAUGAAAACGGUCGACACCACGGCCCGCCUGGCGGAGCUUAGGGGCCUGAUGAAGGCUCGUAACAUCGACGUCUACGUCGUACCCACCGAGGACGCACAUUCGUCCGAAUACAUCGCCCCGUGCGACGCCAGGCGCGAGUACAUUUCCGGCUUUUCGGGCUCUGCCGGCACCGUCAUCGUCACCCUCGAAGGCGCCGCGCUUGCGACCGACGGCCGGUACUUCAGCCAGGCCGCCACCCAGCUCGACAAGAACUGGGAGCUCCUGAAACAGGGUCAGCCUGAUGUCCCUACCUGGCAGGGCUGGACUGUGAACCAGGUUUCCGGUGGUAAGACCGUCGGGGUCGAUCCAUCGGUGCUCUCCAGCUCUCAGGCUCGGGAUCUGAACGAUAAGAUUAAGGACAAUGGUGGAAAAGAGCUGGUCGCCGUCUCGGAGAACCUGGUAGACUUGGUCUGGGGCAGGCACCGACCAGCCCGCCCCAGCAACCCUAUCGUGCUCCUCGAGCAACACUACACGGGCAAAGACACCCAGACGAAGCUCAAGGAGCUCCGGGCCGAGCUUGAGAAACAGAAGCUGUCUGUCUUUGUUGUCUCGGCACUGGACGAGGUCGCGUGGCUUUUCAACCUGCGAGGGAGCGAUGUGCCCUACAACCCAGUCUUCUUCUCCUAUGCUGUCAUCACUGCCGACUCGGCCACGCUCUACGUCGACUCUUCAAAGCUUAGUGCACAGUGCCACAGCUACCUGGCGGAGAACAAGGUCGAUGUCAAGCCAUACGGCAGCAUCUUUGACGACUCGAGGGCCCUAGCCCAGACUGUCAGCGCCAAGGGCGCCGAGGGCAAGGACAAGCCAAAGAAGCUCGCCAUCUCGAAAAAGACUUCUUGGGCUUUGAAGCUGGCGCUUGGCGGAGACGGUGCGGUUGAGGAAGUUAAGAGUCCCAUUUGUGACUCCAAAUCCAUCAAAAACGAGGCAGAGCUGGAGGGCAUGCGACAAUGCCACAUUCGGGAUGGCGCCGCGCUCACCGAGUACUUCGCCUGGCUUGAGGACCAGCUAGUGGACCAAAGAACCGUCCUCGACGAAGUUCAGGGCGCCACCAAACUGUUUGAGAUAAGGAGCAAGCGCGCCAACUUUGUUGGUAACUCGUUCACCACAAUCUCUGCUUCAGGAGCCAAUGGCGCCAUCAUUCACUACGGCCCGGAGGAGGACAGCUGUGCCAAGAUUGACCCCAACGCAGUUUACCUCUGCGACUCGGGCGCUCAGUACCUAGACGGCACUACAGACACCACACGAACACUUCACUUCGGCACUCCUACUGAUGUCCAGAAAAACGCAUACACGCUCGUGCUCAAGGGCCACAUUGCGCUGGAUCAGGCCAUCUUUCCGAGGGGGACCACGGGCUUCUCGUUGGACUGUCUAGCUCGCCAAUUCCUCUGGCAAGAGGGAUUGGAUUACCGUCAUGGCACUGGGCACGGAGUCGGUUCAUACCUGAACGUGCACGAGGGGCCCAUUGGUAUCGGAACUAGGAAGCACUACGCCGAAGUUGCCUUGGCCGCGGGCAACGUCACUUCGAUCGAGCCGGGCUUCUAUGAAGACGGCUCGUACGGAAUACGUCUUGAGAACAUCGCCAUUGUCCGCGAAGUCAAGACGAAGCAUCAGUUCGGCGAUAAACCGUACCUCGGGUUCGAGUACGUCACCAUGGUGCCAUUCUGCCGGCGGAUGGUCGAGCCGAGCCUCCUGAAUGCCAAGGAAAAGAAAUGGCUGAAUGAUUACCAUGCUGCAGUGUGGGAGAAAACGAGUGGAUAUUUCAAGGAUGAUCCUUUGACGACUGCCUGGCUCAAGAGGGAGACCCAGAGGUUUGAGUGAUGGACGUCUUUAUCACGAAGUCACUCGAGAGCUUCAUUUUGUAGGCAUGAUUUGGUGGCUUCAAGAAGAUACUACGUCUCAUUCUGAUUGUCUAGCCUCGUAUCCUCCAAAUAUACCAACUCAAAAAUGCGCAAAUGCAGACAGCGCAAAUGUGACUCCGAACGAAAGCUUGAAAGGCGUUUUGUGGCGGAGGGCGGACAGAAUGCGUGAUGACCGUGCGCGUUCCUUGAGGUGAAAUUGUUGAACCAGGUCUAUGCCGUAUCUUGCAGCGACCUAGUGAUGUUUUGUCAACAACGACCAGCUCGCCAGUAUUCAUUCGUUGGGGUGUCGGAAAGGCGCUUACUUGGAAGGUCACAAUCGAUAUGCCGAGGAGGAGGACAAGAGUCCGAGAAAAAACGCUGACAAGCAGACCAGUCAAGAAUCCUGGAAUUGCGUUAUUAGAAUCCCUGAAAGACGCCAAGGAGGUCGGUUGACCACAGCGAAAAAGCAGCAGUCCAGAACCAUACCAGAGAAGCUUCCCCCUGAUAUCUGGCUGAGAAUCUCGGGGUUGAUGAAGCCAUCGUCGCUGUCAACCUCUUUCCUAGGUACCGAGGACACGAUGUUGGAAGGGGGGUGGUGAGCGUCAAAUCUCAAUGGGCGACGGUGGCUGGUGAAGGUGUGAUGCCCGAUGCCGAGAGACACGCCGACCGCCAGGGGCAACCCCCGUGAGACCAGGGCCCGCCGGCACAGAGCUACCGUCGCCAUUGGUUUGCGAGAUGGAUGGGGACCUGACUCGACAGUCCGGGAUGUCGGUUCGGAAGUCCGGCUCGGGACGGGUGGGUGGUCGUUGUUUGAAUGAGGCUCUGCUGUAAGAUCCUAGAUCUAGCACUUCCGCUUCGAGGAAGGAUGACGUCGAGGGGGGAGGGCAGCUGGAGCUGGUGUGGGUCUGCGCACCACUGCCUGGCCCCAGUGCGACAGCGGCGGUUGUGGAGCGGUGGAAUAACCUUAUUCUGUUUCCCAAAUCCUAGGUAUCCUUUCGAUUCGUCUCAUAAAUGGUAUGUCCUAAAGGCCAUGUAGUAGAAUUCCAGCUCGACAAAACUGUGCGCCAGUCAAAUGAUUUCCGGCUACGUCAUUUCUGCCCGCCCGGGUUGGCAGCCAUAA